AGGAGCCCUCCUAGGCACCGAGUUCCUGCAGCUGCAGCACCCAGGCACCGACCCAGCUUCUGCUGACCACGAUGUCGGAAAAACCGAAGGUGUAUCAAGGUGUCCGGGUGAAGAUAACGGUGAAGGAGUUGCUGCAGCAGAGAAGGGCGCACCAGGCAGCCUCCGGGGGAACCCCGUCCGGAGGCAACAGCGUCCGUCUUUCAGACCAAGUCCUGCCAUCUCCUGCAGGGCUGUGUUUUGAGCCUGAACCGGUUUCUUCCACACCCAGUUAUUUUCAACCCCGAGAAUUUUCCAGUUGUGUUUCUUGUGAGGAAAACACAAGCUGCCUCAACCAGAUCUUUGAUUCCUACCUUCAGACAGAGACACACCUGGACCCUUCGCUCGCUUCCGCGCAAAGUGCUCCACACUAUUUCCCUGACAGCUUCCAAGCCGCCCCUUUCUGCGUUAGCCAGAGCCUGACCCCGGGAUCGCCUUCUGAUUCCUCCACUCUCUCCGGUUCCUUAGACUACAGUUACUCGCCGGCUCAGCUACCGUCAUAUGCUCCAGAGAAUUACAGUUCUCCCCCUUCUCUGGACACCAGGAACUGUGGCUUCCCCUCCGAAGACUACUCCUAUGCCCACCUGCCCCCGGACGCCCAGUACGACUGCUUCUCCUCGGCCGGCACCUCCGUCUGCUACUGUGCGUCGUGUGAGGCAGAACACUUGGACCCCAUCAGGGCAUCGGAGCACUUUUCCUACCCCAGCUCAGACUAUGUGAACUUUGCCCCCUCUGCAGCGGCCACCAGUGAUUUCUAUAAGAGGGGGACAAACUGUGACAUCUGCUAUAGUUAAUGGCAGUUGCGGUAAUUCAGAACAUGGCAUACCUAUAUGUGUUUUUCGGCCGCCCCAAAUGACAACUCGAAAUAUCCAACCCAUUGACAAAACGUCACAAGCCCAGUUUGCAUGUCACCAUUUUCGAUUUUCCGAUGCUCACGAGGCAUUAAUAUGAAGUCCUCAGACCUGAUCACUGUGUCACUCCUAUUCUAUGUGCUUACGGUUAACAUUUUUGUAGGGAAUGUUCAGCUGUGUUACUUUUCUAUGUAAUGAACAAAUUCUAAUUUU